AUGGUCGCACUUAUCCCACCGGCGGAUCCUCGAGUUUUACUUCCGCCGUUGCUGGCAUGUCUUCCCACAGCCUUCGUAUCGCCACGUCCUCCGCCUGCUCUUCUGCCCAUCCUCUCCCCCAUUCUACGUCAGCGCGUGCAGGUCUUUAGCUCGGUCUCACAGUCUUCGACAGACUCGUGGCUUCGAUUCCUCUGCUGGGACGAAGGGAAAGCAGAGCGUGUGCAAGAUCUGGUUGAUGGCGCUAGUUUCGAGCCGCACCCCGUGUCAGGAGAAAUUGACCUUCCUGGCGAUCUUCCCGUCACGUAUAAACGGCUAGAUGAAGAAACGUUACAAUCACAAAUUUCGCUUCCGGAUUACGGCUUAAGGUUCAUCUAUCUCUGGUGUCCGGGUGACAAAGACGGCGGAGGACCUGGGUGGAGAGUUGCGGAAAUCUUACCUCGAGAUGGUCCUUCCGACCGUGGCGACACUUGGUACUUCUCAAUCGGAGAGGCAAAUGCGAGUGCAAGGGAAAGAUUGAUCGAGGACAUCUUGAAGGAAGCGGAAGAAAAGCAGCAGCCAGAGUCCGACGAUGACGAUGAUUACUGGGCCAGAUAUGAUGCGACACCGGGGAGAACACCAGGGAGGACUCCAACUGCGAAAACUCCAGCUCCGUUGUCCGAGGCCUCCUACUUUGACCGAUACAAUAAUGUGCAGCCCGUGAUGGACAAUGAAGACCCAUCGGAAGACCACAACCAGCUUGGUGAGUCUUCCCUUAACGGUAAUCUGCUAGUUAGUCUCCUCCAAAGGCAGAUACCUGCAUCGGAUUCCCAGGGCCCGGCACAGACAAAUGGCGACCUGCAAAGCAUACCGGCGAACGAGGGCCUAACCAGGUCGCUAAAUCACCCACGACCUUCGUCCUCCUCAUCAGGAAGCUCGCACGCGGUAGCGAAACUGGAGCAGGAGGCGGAGGCGCACUCUGCCUUGGAGGUGGGCGUGAAGCAACACAUCAGUGCAAAUAUUAAGAGCCUCUUCCGGCUUGCUAAAAGCACAGGCAUUUCUCGCACGGACUUCCAGUCUCUAGUGACGACAGAACUGGAGUCGCUGAACCUGUCUGAUGAUGAAUAG